UCUUACCACCAAAACAGAUUUUAUUCUGCUCCUCAUCCAGCAGCUGUAGUGAGCUACCAUGCUUCCUCUAACCUACAACUCACUCCCAAACUCAUCCACUUUGCAUUGCAUCACAUGUAUGUGAAAUUGCCUCAAUGGCUCUCUCCUCUCUUCACUCCCACCCUCAACCCCUACCUCACCCCAUAACCCACCGCCACAACACAACACCCUUCUCUUUCCUUUUCUCUAUCUCCUUCUCUCCCACAUUCAGAUUCUCCCCACUCUCUGCUUCCGCUUCCACCACUCACAACCCCCUCCCUCCCGAUUUCUCUCCCUCCCAACUCUUAGACCUCCUUCGCCGCCAAAACGACCAAUCCUCUGCACUCCGCAUCUUCCAAUGGGCCUCCAAGCAGCCCAAUUUUCAGGCCCACCCAUCCAUCUACGAGGAACUCCUUCACCAACUCGGCCGAGUCGGUUCCUUCGACUCAAUGAUCACCCUCCUCAAAGAAAUGAAAUCCUCGGGUUGCGCCCUCCACGAACCCACCUUCCUUAUCCUCAUCGAAAGCUACGCCAAUUUUCACUUACACGACCAAAUCAACGAUGUGCUUCAUCUCAUGGAACACGAGUUCGGUUUGAAACCCGAUACGCGUUUUUAUAACGUCGUUUUGAACCUCCUCGUCAAGGGUAACAAGCUCAAGCUCGUGGAAACGCUGCAUUCCAAGAUGGUCAGUGACGGCGUUCCCCCUGACGUUUCCACCUUCAAUGUUCUCAUUAAGGCCCUUUGCAAGGCCCAUCAGUUAAGGCCCGCGGUUUUGAUGCUCGAAGACAUACCCAACUAUGGGCUCAGGCCCGAUGAGAGAACGUUCACCACGCUUAUGCAGGGUUACAUUGAAGAGGGUGAUGUGGAUGGGGCGUUGAGGAUUAAAGAACUGAUGUUGGAGUCUGGGUGCUUGAUGACGGGUGUUUCUGUGAACGUUUUGGUGAACGGGCUUUGCAAAGAGGGUCGAGUUGAGGAAGCAUUGAGCUUCAUUCAUGAUGUUUCUGAACAAGGGUUUUCCCCUAAUCAAGUAACGUUCAAUGCUUUGGUGAAUGGAUUGUGUAGAGUUGGUUAUAUCAAGCAUGCUUUGGAAAUGAUGGAUUUUAUGCUCGAGAAAGGGUUUGAUCCGGAUGUGUAUACUUAUAAUGCUUUGAUCUCUGGGUUGUGUAAAUUGGGUGAAGUCGACGAGGCUGUUGAAAUUCUUCACCAGAUGGUUUCAAGAGAUUGUUCGCCCAACACUGUGACUUAUAACACACUGAUUAGUACCUUGUGUAAGGAGAACCAUGUUGAAGCGGCCACUGAGCUUGCCCGUGUCCUUACGAGUGAGGGGAUAUUGCCUGAUGUUUGUACAUUCAAUACUUUGAUACAGGGUCUCUGCUUGACGAGUAACCGGGAGAUUGCGAUGGAGCUGUUCGAGGAGAUGAAAGAGAAAGGGUGUCGACCGGAUGAGUUUACGUACAGUAUAUUGAUUGAGAGCCUUUGUUCUGAAAGGAGGCUGAAAGAUGCCUUGAUGCUACUGAAAGAAAUGGAGUCAAGUGGGUGUGCUAGGAACGUGGUGGUGUACAAUGCUUUGAUUGACGGUUUGUGCAAAAACAAUAGGAUUGGAGAAGCAGAGGAGAUCUUUGAUCAGAUGGAAAUGUUUGGGGUGUCCAGAAGUUCAGUGACGUAUAACACCCUUAUUAAUGGACUAUGUAAAAGCAAGAGAGUGGAAGAAGCUGCUCAACUUAUGGAUCAGAUGAUAAUGGAAGGAUUGAAGCCUGACAAAUUCACUUAUACUUCAAUGCUUAAGUACUUUUGCCAACAUGGGGAUAUAGAGAAGGCAGCUGAUAUUGUGCAAAGUAUGAAUUCAAAUGGGUGUGAACCGGAUAUCGUUACGUAUGGGACCCUUAUUGGGGGACUAUGUAAGGCAGGUAGAGUAGAGGUUGCAAGUAAGCUCCUCAGAUCUGUUCAGAUGAAAGGUAUGGUCUUGACUCCACAAGCUUAUAACCCCGUGAUUCAAGCACUUUUGAAAAGAAAGAGAACAAAAGAAGCCAUGAGGCUUUUCAGAGAAAUGAUGGAAAAGGGUGAUCCUCCUGAUGCUGUAACAUACAAGAUUGUUUUCCGUGGUCUCUGUAAUGGUGGAGGGCCAAUACAAGAGGCUGUUGAUUUUACAGUUGAGAUGUUGGAGAAAGGAAUUUUGCCAGAGUUUCCAUCAUUUGGUUUCUUGGCAGAAGGUCUUUGCUCAUUAUCCAUGGAGGACACCCUCACUGAACUCAUCAAUAUGGUGAUGGAGAAAGCAAGAUUCUCACAAGCUGAAACAUCUAUCAUCAAAGGCUUUCUCAAGAUCCAAAAAUAUAACGAUGCAGUGGCCAAUCUUGCCGGUAUCUUGGAUAGGAAAAGGUUCAGAAGAUUUUGAGGGGUGAAGUUUUUGCUAUUGGUGAUGCUUUAGAGGUCAAUGGGAAAGCACUUCAAUGCGAAAUGGUGCUGAAGGCUAUAUUACAGACCUCGAGUCAAUACAUUCCAGCACUAGUUGUUUUUUCUGGCUGGCCUCAUUGAUGAAUACCAUUUCUUUAGCGUUGUUAUUUCCAGUUUCAAGGGAAUAAUGUGAACAUGUAACUUGUAGCUAAC